AUGGAGGUGGCAAAGGUGAUUAGAAAUUCAUCAGAUCAGAAGGUUAAGGAUGAUGAUGAGGAAAUGAUGCUUCCAGGGUUUAGAUUUCAUCCAACUGAUGAGGAACUUGUUGGGUUUUAUUUAAAGAAGAAGGUGGAGAAGAAACCCAUUAGCAUGGAGCUCAUCAAACAGAUUGACAUCUACAAAUAUGAUCCUUGGGAUCUUCCAAAAGUAAGCACUGUGGGGGAGAAAGAGUGCUACUUCUUUUGCAGAAGAGGGAGAAAAUACAGGAACAGCAUAAGGCCUAACAGAGUGACGGGUUCCGGAUUUUGGAAAGCCACUGGCAUUGACAAGCCCAUAUAUUCAGUGAAAGAGCCCCUCGAGUGCAUUGGCCUCAAGAAAUCAUUAGUCUACUACCGUGGGAGUGCUGGCAAAGGCACCAAAACUGAUUGGAUGAUGAAUGAGUUUCGCCUUCCACCUCACGGCCAUGGCAAAACUACCAACUUCCUCAAUGCUAAGGACAUUACACAAGAAGCUGAAGUUUGGACACUCUGCAGAAUUUUCAAACGAAUCCCAUCUUACAAAAAGUACACACCAGAUAAUUGGAAAGAAGGCAACACGAAACAAAACCCUACUGAUUCAAGUUCUAAAACAUGCAGUUUCGAAUCUGAGAACUACUGCGGCGAGCCACACGUGAGCCCUCAAGACUCGGUCGUCAUGCAACGCAUUGAAAGAUCAUCAUCAAAACCAGUUCGUGUGGACGAACAAGUUGAUGAAACAAAUCAGUGGUUUAAAUUUGUAGGGGAGACUCCAUAUGCAACAUCUUAUUCAAGCUUGAGGGAUAUUCCAAGCGACAACGAUUUCUUUAUAAAUGGAAACUGGGAUGAGCUGAGACCAGUGGUGCAGCUGGCUGCUGAUCCAUCUUUCCCAAGUUUAUGA